AUGCAUCGAUCAAAGAAGAAAAAUUCAAAAGUAUCUUCCCAUGAUUCACCUGGAACUAGGCCACAAUCGAUAGUAACAAACGAUCAAACUACUAUUAAUGAGAAAAGCGAGAAACCAUCGAUGCAAUCUGAAUCAGCCAUUCGCGUAUUAGUCGGUAUUGUGGGUGUGUCAUUACUGUCAGUACCCAUAUGUUAUAUGUUAUCUUAUAUGCAACAAAUGAAGAAUUCAUUAAAUAUUUUUCUUUAUAGUGCAGUAAUUUGCGUAUCAGUUGCACCAUUAACAUAUUUCCUAUUGAUAAAACAUUUAUUGCAUGUGAAAAAAGAAACUUACUUUUAUGUAUUUACAAUAUUUUCAUUUACAGCGAUUGCUGAUCUUCUAUUAGCUUUAACAAUUGAUGAGUAUUCAUCGGCUUUUCAUUUUUAUUUAAAUCAAGGUGAAGUAUAUUUGAAAACUUCUCAUGGUUUAUUUAUUAAUUAUUGGGAUGGUAUUACGCAUUAUAUAUUAUAUUUAAUAAUGUUAUAUUGCAUGCUAAAACAAAAAACAGAAACAAAAUUCUUUCGUUUUCUAUCAUUAUUUUGGUGUGGAUCUAUUAUUAAUUCAUUAAUUGUAUUACUCGGCGGUGCUGCUCUUGGUCAAUUUGGAGCCCAUAUCAAACCAUCAUAUUUAUUAAAUAUACCGUAUACAGUAUUUCCAAUCAUUUUCUUAGUACGACAAUUUAGUACGCGUUCUAAUUUUAUUCAACAAGAAAGAAAAAAAAUGAAAAAAUCUCUCAAUCUUAAAUCAUUACUCUUAAGACCCCUUGAUAUAUGUUUUAUUCUGUAUAUGAUAUUCGGUAUUGUAUUUGCAAUUUUUCGUGCGUUUCAUGCCUUGAAAAUUCCCAUGACAACUAAUAGUAUUUAUUAUAAAUUUGAACCCUAUAUAUUGAAUGCGUCCGGAUUUGCAUUGAUUCAACUUUUAACAUAUGCAUUUUAUUUUAUACCCUAUUAUUGUUCAGCUAUUAAUGCUUUACUAUUCUAUGAUCAACAACCGUCAAGAUUUCAAUGGUUACCCGAUUGGACUAUGGUACAUGCAGGAGCUGCUGCUCAAGCACAGUUUUCAUAUUUAUUAUCAUCUCUACAUAAUCCCCCCUUAUUUCCUGAUUCAUCAUGGUCACCUAUACCAUCUGAAUACUGGUUUACUAGUGUCGGUCUCAAUAUUAUUUUAGCGAUUAUACCUCAAUUGUUUGCUUUUCGUAUUUGUGUUGGAAAUAGAGAUACAGAUUUUUAUUGA